AUGGAGGAGCACGCAACCCAUAACGGACAGCAGUCACAAUCACAGUCGCAGCCAAGUAGAGCGUCGCACCAGCAAGUUGCGCCUUCUCAGAGACGCUUCGAAGGGAUGCCUGCCACCGACCUACACGUCUCACCGGGCUCACCCAUGAUCAACCCGGAAUCAUGGGUGGAACUGUCCUCGCAACCGUCGUCCUCCUCGUUGUCUAGUAUUGGCGACGAGAUCGUCACAACCGGUUUGCGAGUCGGCGCGCCUUACCUGCGACGUCGUCGACUCCUCGCAUCGGCCCGAUCUCUCCCCCAGCAGCCGACGGCAAUCCAUAGCAACGAUACGAGCAGCCAGGAGGAAUAUGAGGAAACGGAAAGCGAGGACGAUCCCCUCAUGAUCAGUUCUGGCGAGAGAACGCGGUCCUCCCCGGAGGUUAUUGGAUCUCCCCGGGAUGAUUCCUCAGACAGCGAGUCGGAUGGCGACGACGCAACUGCGUUAGGCAGGGCACCGGAUCGCCCAGCAUUCCGCCCACAGCCAAACGCAUUCUCCCACCCUCAGAGAAGCAACUCGACCAGCACCGCCAUUCCACCCCACACGCACAAUGAAUUUACGCGGCCGUCCUUCUCCCAGCGAUCCCAGACAAGGGCUUCUCAAAGGCUGAACUUCAUGUCUCCCUCGCGCGAGGAUAACGAUGCCGCGCUUCGGGCCUCAUUGACUACGCUCUUGUCGUGUGCAGCCGCAGCGCGCGGCGCUUCAAAGGCAAAGGAGGAGCUGGAGACGCCGCGAACAGCAGGCACUGGUGUCGGCCCCAGCAACCAGCCCAUGGACCUUCGUUUUGUCCCGGAGUCCGAGCUUGACCGGGCGCAAAUGGAGGAUGUACAGCCCGGUGUCGCCCCUCCGCUGAAGCCAGUACCUGGUGCAAGAUCCUCCUCGAGGACAGGGGGUACCAAGACAAAGCGAAGUACAUCUGCCGGGCAGGGGCCGCGAACGAGCAGAAAGAAGAAGGUUAUGGUGGGUGAAGACGCCUUAAUUUCGCCUACGCUCAUGACGUGGGUUGUCAGUGCUGGCGUUGUCGUCCUUGUUUCGGUGGUUGGCUUCGGAGUCGGCUAUGUGACCGGAAGAGAAGUUGGGCGCCAGGAGGCCUUGGCUGCCGGCAUGAGCACGGCCAACGAUACUUCAUCAUGCGGCCAGGAAAUGAUGCGCAGCUCCUCGGGCGGUCUGAGGAGAUUAAAAUGGGGGGCUGUGGGCAAAAGCCUCGUUGCCUCCAGUUGA